AUGAUAAAACUAUUAAUCACACUGGAAAUAUUUUUGUACUUGUUACAAAUUACAAUUGCUGCAACAGCUUCGAACAAAAACUUAGUUUGCUACUAUGAGGUAGAAAGUUCUCAUCGAUAUGGAUUCUCAAAUUUCACCUUUAACCAUUUGAAAAAGGGUGCUGCCCACUGUACUCAUUUGGUGUACGCUUCGGCCCAUUUGGUUCCCAAGACCUAUGGCAUUCGUUUUCCACCACAACAUCAAUUACUCUAUGAACCGAAAUUGUUGAAGAAAGCCUAUCCUCAGCUGAAAAUCUACCUCAGCAUUGGUGGUGAUGGUGAUGCCAAUGAUAAACAGGAUCCAUUAAAAUAUUUGCAUUUACUGGAAGAGGAUAACCAUCGACGAGGAAAAUUCAUUGAACAGACAAUGGAAAUAUUAAAAUUAUAUGAAUUUGAUGGUGUAGAUUUGGCCUUUCCAUUGCCACGCAAUAAACCCAAAGAGGAGUCAAAUAUGGCGGCAUUUCUCAACGAUGUCAAUCGAAUGUUCGCUGGAGAUAAACGGAAUGAAUAUCGCCACUUUUAUAGUAAAUUUAUAGCAGAGCUCAAAGAGGCAUGCGAUAUAAAGCACUUGGACCUAACCAUGACCGUUCUGCCGAAUGUUAACUCAAGUGUUUAUUUUGAUGUUGCUGAAAUUCAUCGAAACUUCAAAUUCAUAAAUCUCUUCGCUUUCGAUUUUAAUACCCCCGAGCGGAAUCCCAGCGAGGCAGAUUAUUCGUCACCGCUUUAUUUCAAUCCACAACAGCAUCGUUUACCCUAUGCCAAUGUGGAUUUUCAAGUCAACUAUUGGCUACAAAAUGGUUGCCCAUCGACGAAACUUAAUUUGGGUAUUGCCACCUAUGGCCGAGCUUGGAAAGUAACUAUUGAAUCGGGAAUGAAUGGUCAGCCUAUAAUCGAAAAUACAAAUGGUACGGGUACUGUUGGCAACAGCUUCUUUAGUUGGCCGACCAUUUGUAAAUAUCUGGUAACUCGAAAACAGCAUCAACAACCCAUGCGGGAAUAUACGGAUCGAUAUGGUAACUAUGCAUUUCGUCCUGCCAAUUAUAACAAUACUGGCCUUUGGAUUAGUUAUGAUGGUCCGAAAUUUGCCGCCACCAAAGUCAGAUAUGCACUGCAGAAGUCAUUAGGAGGAAUGGUAGUCUAUGAUUUGAGCCGGGAUGAUUUUAAGGGUCGCUGUCAUAAGAAUGACUUUCCAAUUUUAAGAGCUAUUCGAGAGAUAUUGGAUCAGACGUUAAAAGCGACAACGCAGCAACCCAUUCUAGGGAUAUCCGUGAUACAACCUCGAACCAAAGCAGUACCUAAAGGGAUGAAAGUUAUUAGUGGUGCAGUACGAAGAAAAUCGAAUAGACAACAAUCGGCUUUGGAGAAAUUAUCCAAUGGCUUGCACCUUAUGCAGAUUUUUGCUCCUGAAUAA